AUGUCUGCGAAAAUCGUUCCAGCAGAGAAGGGACCUGCGGAUCCCGAGAUUCUCCCCGUGCUGCCGGACAGUGUCUACAGGCCGGAAGUCGACACAUCGGCCGUCAAUGAACGCAAGCUCCUACGCCGGAUAGAUUUGCACGCUGUGCCGUGGCUGGCGAUGCUGUAUUUCCUCAAUUCCCUCGACAGAGGAAAUAUCGGCAAUGCGAAGCUAUACGGGAUGACGACCGACAUCCACCUUACUGACAAGCAGUAUCUGAUUGCGUUGACGGUCUUCUUCUUCCCAUAUGCAUUAUUCGAACUACCCAGCAACAUGGUCCUAAAGCGGCUACGGCCGUCGAGAUGGCUCGCGUUCAUCAUGUUCGUGUGGGGAAUUGCUAUGACUAUGCAUGGCGUCAUCACCAACUAUGGCGGACUUGUCGGUUUGCGUGUGCUGCUGGGGCUUGCGGAAGCUGGUUUGUACCCCGGGAUUGUCUACUAUCUGUCAUGCUGGUACAAGCGGUCGGAACUAGGAACCAGAGUUGCUCUAUUCUUUACCUCUGCCACAGUUGCUGGUGCUUUCAGUGGUCUACUGGCCGUGGCCAUCAACAAGAUGGACGGCGUCGGCGGGAAGCGCGGGUGGCAAUGGAUUUUCAUAUUGGAAGGUCUGUUCACCGUAGUCUGUGCAGUUGCAUCCCUCUGGAUCCUUCAGGACUUCCCGGACACCGCGAGAUUCCUCAAAGAAGAGGAGCGCGUAUGGAUGAUCAGACGCUUGCAGGCAGAUAUGCAGUUCAGCGCCGCGGGAGAGAAUUUCAAUAUGAAAUAUGUCAAGCAGAGUUUGACGGAUUGGAAGACGUGGCUCGCCAUGGGUAUUUACAUGGGCUUUGACGGUCCCCUCUUCGCCUUCUCCCUUUUCACUCCUACAAUUAUCAACCAGGCUACCGCUGCCAACUUGUUGUCUGUUCCUGUUUACGUGUGGGCGUGCAUCGUCACCGUAGUCGUCGGAUUUGUUGGGGAUAGAUUGGGAAAGAGAGGCAUGAUCAACCUCCCGUACCCACAAGCUCCUUGUCAUGCAUCAGCUGACGGAGUACCCGCAGGAUUGGUUGGAUACAUCAUACUGAUUUGCUCGAGGAGCGCUCCGUUAUCGUACUUCGCCGUGUAUCUGGCUGCCUCAGCAUGGGUCUCCGGUAACGUGGAGGGAUCCUACAAGCGCGGUGCGACACUAGCCAUGGCUAUAGGGUGGGGCAACCUGAAUGGCGCAGUCAGUGCAAAUAUAUACCGUGCCGUUGACAAGCCAUGGUAUCGUAUGGGCCACGGCAUUGUAUUCACCUACAUCGCCAUUGGAUGGCUCUGCUCGCUCACGUUCCACAUCCUUCUCAGACGGGAGAACGCAAAGCGAGAGGCAGGCGAGCGCGACGAAGUCGUUGAGGGUGUGGACAACAAGCUCGCCGACGAACGGAACGGGCAUUUCGAGAGUGUUGAGGCCGCAAAGAGAGAAAAAGGAGACCAGUGGAGUGGCUUCCGGUACACCCUAUGA